CUACUCGCCUAUUUAAUAUUGCAAAAGAGUGUUGAAAUUAUAAAAGCUGCUCAUCUUGCAGUCAUAUUUAAUUGAGACUGAGACUGAUUCAUAAUCAUUUGCAUGGAAUUUCAAUGCUUUUUGAACUUUUGUUGUCAUGAUUAAGAAAUCUAGUGCAUGGCCAUUGACGCGUUACAUACUUUUUUGAUUUUCCUGUAGUAAAAAUGACAGGAGAGCAUCAUUCAAGAUUCGCACUCAACUCAAUCAAUGUUUAAUGGAAUUCUGUGGUCCAAUGGCAGAAAUCGCCCAUAAAGUGUAUACUUAAACUACGAUUUUCAUUGCCAUUAGGUGUGAAUAUAAAUUUGCGAAAACGCCAAAAUCAAUGAUGGUGGCGAUAAUGGCGAUACGAAAGGGAAUAAGUUCGCAGUAUCCGUUUUUCUUUGAAUUUCCCCUUGUCACUUUGUGGAAAUGCAUUUUUUAAAAAAUUAUUUGGACACUGUUGUUGUACAGAUUAAAGAAAAAACAGAGCUUAAUUUGUAUUUAAACCUGGUCUAGUGCCAAAGAUUUAACAAAAGUUUCCAAACAGUGAGAUUACGAUAGUAUUUUUGUUGUUCCACGGAAAUCUCUGUUAAAUUCUUUAUGCUGUCCUCAUCUCUGCAGGUCUAUUGCAAUUGGAGCGGGUAGAAGUAGACUUAAGGACAGGAAUGUUUUAACCAUCUCUUUCUUUUGUCUCUUGCGGAAAAGAUUCCGAGGUUAGGUGUUUCAUGUUCCUUUCAAUUCACCUAAAAGGAAAGAGAUGAAGGAAGCACAUCAUUUUAAUGGCCGACCUAAAUGUAACGUGACUGUUAAAAUGAGUGUAUUUUAUGAUUCGUACCAGAAAUUUACGUAGUCGAAUAGACCGCGGACAAGGACUAGUACCUAUCAAAUUGGUGGUAAAAUAAUUGUUGUACUUGUUUUACCCUAGCUCAGCUCAUUACUGUUUGCAGGUAACUAAAUAAGGGGCCACAGACUGUUAGAUUUAAGGCCCGGGACUUUGUGACCGAAUUUGCAAUUUUGCCGACGGCUAAGAGAAAUUGCGCGGCUUCCGUGCAGACUUUUCAGUUUGAAAUUUUUUGCCAGCGACGUCGUGAACUGUGAAGUCCGUCAGAGGUCUCAGAUGCUGAUUUGUCAAGCUCUGUUAGCUGUUACGACAUGGACAUGUGCGGAGUUUCAGUGAUGGGAAAAAUUUGGGAGCAGUUUGUCUCCCGUAACCGAGGCAAAUGCUAAAGAUUUUGACAAACGUUUACUCAAAUAUGUCAGAGGAAAUGAAUAGAUAAUUUAUGGGAUCUCCGCCAAAACAGCGGAACGGCUAUCUAGUCCGCCUACUUCAAUAAAUUAUCUAGCGGAAGAUUAUCUGUAAUGUAUUUAGCAGAGCAUUGAUGGCCUGUCAGGGGUGCCCGCCAAAAGACGGCGCCAGAGGAGGCCCCAGGCCUCGAUUAAGAAACAAAAUUUUGAAUUAAAGAAAUCGUAAUUAAUGUCAGUAGCAAGCGAGAGCGCAAUAUUUUUGCUCUCCUCGUUAUGCGCUCACUUUUUUACACACGCUAUUCACCGUAAAUAUUUUGUUGCUGUAGUUUCGGGCUCCUCCGAUUUAAGUCAAUGGUAGAUUACUGUCAUUUGACUCGAUGUGGGAGGAAAACAGAAAAGUAUUUGCUUUAUGUGAUGGCAUACGGAGGGCGGUAGAUAAGGAUGAUGGAAUGGAAGCGUCUGAGCAAAUUUAGAAAAGAGAACAAAUUUAUAUUCCGCUCAACAAUUUUUCCCCUGUUUGUUUGCGCUGGAAUGCUCUAUUCGCGCCAUUGGAAGAUAUAUUAAAAUUUGGCUUAUUUGCAGAAUGAGUUGUAAGUGAGUAGAAUCCCUAACAAAAUUGCGGUCACAAUUGAGAAGAAGGAUGGAGUGCAAAACAGAGGAGGAGACAUCUGUUGGAAAGAGGGAGCAUUUCGAGACCCCAGCAAAGCCUCCACGCGGAAGCCACGGCCGCUCUCACAGCGCUCCAGAAAAUGAAGCUGAUCACUGGGAUGUAUCACCUCAAGCAUUUCAUAAUAUAAAAGCGGGUUGGAAAAGGAUGAAAAGAAGUAUUGAUAUUACAAAAAGGAAUGCUUCUCGAAAGGAUCGGCAGACCUCUUUGGAAAAAGAUGUUGCCCUGCUUGAGAUGAAGUUGCAGGGUCAGUUGGCAGUGAGGGAGGCUUUGGAGAAUGCCUUGGGUCAAGUCUCAACUAUUGAUAAUUCAGAAAAUGGACGCUAUAUUCCCAAGCAAACUGAAGAAAUGAUCAGGGAGAUUGCAGAACUAGAGUCUGAAGUGCAACGCCUUGAACAACAUCUUCUUUUGCUCUAUCGUAAAGUCUUUGAACAUAAUGUUUCAAAUAAUCCUUCAACAUCAAUCUCUCAAGAAGAUUAUUCUAGUCAAAAAAGUUAUUCCGGUCCAUUGCAACCAACCAAUGGAUUCCUAAGCUUGCUAAAGCAGAGUAGUAAUCUGGUUCAGCGUAGCCAAUCGUCCCUGUCCCAGAGUUCUACUAGUUCCUUGCAGCAGCUGGCAGGUGGGUUGAGUAGACAAAUGCACUCAGAUUUUCUAGUUCAACGCAGUCAUUCAUCUCUUUCUUCUACAAGUUCAGCAGUGAAAUUUUCCCCUCCUUUGUAUAAUUCACCACAAUCUGGUCUGGAACGCAGCUCUCACUCACAACCUCUAUGCUUGGCACAGGAACUUGAGGGUCGUGUGGCCCGUCUUGCUGAUCAUUUGGGGACUAGUAUUGCAAACCAUGUUGAUGAAUCACCUAAUAGGCUUUCUGAAGAUCUGGUACAUUGUAUGGCCGCAAUCUAUUGUAAACUUGCUGAACCUCCUCUGCCAAAUAUAGGUUUCUCAAGCUCUCCAACUUCAUCUUUGUCUUCAUCAAGCACAUUUUCCCCACGGGAUCAAUGUGAGGCUUGGAGCCCGAGUGGCAAGAAUGAUGGGCAGUGUGAUGCAAAGUUGGUUGAUCAAUGUGAUAUAAAGCUGACCGAUCCUUUCCAAGUCAAGCGUACAAAAAAAGGUGUAGGAGCAUAUGCUUCAAUGGUAGAAGUACCUUGGAUUUGUGUGGACAAUGAUCGCUUAAGUUAUGCAGCUAGGAUGCUUCACACUUUCAAGUCCUAUGUUCGGCGGUUGGAAAAGGUUGAUCUUAAAGGGCUUAAACAUGAAGAGAAGCUUGCUUUUUGGAUCAAUAUUUACAAUGCUCUAAUGAUGCAUGCUUAUUUGGCUUAUGGAAUACCUCGCAAUCAUUUGAAAAGAGCACAAUUACUAUUAAAGGCUGCAUACAAAGUGGGAGGUCAUUCUAUAAAUGCACAUAUCAUAGAGAGCAUCCUAGGAUGCCGCUUGCAUCGUCCUUCACAGUGGUUGCAGACAUUGCAGACACUACUUUCAGCUGGGAUGAAGUUCAGAGCAGGAGAUGAGCGACAAGCAUGCACUCUCAACCAUUCAGAACCUCUUGUGUGCUUUGCUCUUUGCUGUGGGGGGCAUUCAGAUCCUGCGGUACGUGUUUACACAGCAAAGAACAUCUACCAAGAGCUUGAAGCUGCAAAAGAAGAGUACAUUCAUGCAAGUGUUGGUGUUAGCAAGGCGGGCAAAGUUAUGCUGCCAAAACUUUUAGAGGGCUUUGCUCAUGAUUCAUCUCUAAGUUUAUCCAGCCUUUUGGAUAUUGUGUGUCGGUGUUUACCAGAAACUCAACGUGCUGAUUUCAGGAAGUGUUCUCUAAACAAGCCUCAUAAGAGCAUUGAAUGGUUGCCUUACAAUUUCAACUUCAGAUACAUAUUUUCCAGAGAGUUGGCAAAAUGGACCCCGCCUCUUCUUUCAUGACAUGAAAGGCUAGGAGGUUAAGAGGACAGUGAUGUUUCAGCUAUUCAUGAGAUUUUUUGUUUGACUUGGAGCCGUUACUGAUGUCAGGAAUUGGAGGCAGCCUUACUUCCCACUAGUGUUAUAUGCAGUGGUAAUGAAGUGGGAAAAUGUGUUUGAUUCUACAUUCUACUUCGACCACUGACCUUCAGAGGAUUGAUUUGCAGGUUGUGUUCUUAGGUGUAUCAUAACAACCAAAAUUUCAAAUUGUAUAAGGUGGCUGUACUCUGAGGGACUAGUCUUAGAAUGUGCCAAGGUUGUUUAUGGAAUGGAGGAAAAAAUCAAUGUGUAUCAGUUUAAAGAAUGUGAAAGCAAAUUUUCAAUUCAGAUGUGUUUUUACAUGGCCAGAACAGGGAAAUGCGGAGGGAAGACGUCGGAGCACUCUGUUUUUUGCACUUCCACUUACAGGGAACGCUAUUAGUCAUGGCAAUGGCUGUAGACCAUGACAAAACAGUGAAAACAUGGAUAUGGUUUUGAUUCCACUUCAUAUUGAUAAUAUACAAAUGUACCAUUGUGCCCCAUAUAAGUUGUAAGUAUCUUCGCUUUCAUUGAAAUGAUCAAAUAAUCACAAAUUUGAACAUUGGAAUGCAUAAUUUUACAUAUUAUUAAUAAAAUAUAGUCCUUUUAGUUUUUGUACAAAUUUUUAAGAUACUGGAAAGUUAAUAUAUUACCAAAGGCUACACAGCCAUCAUGCAAUUUCAGUAAGAAAAAUCAAACGCGGGUUCAGCGAUUUUGUGGAAUGCAUUCCUUUUGUUGAAUAGUCUGAACUGGAGGCUCCUUUUUUAUAUUAUCAACUGCUAAAGGAAGACUGGAAGUUUUUGAAAGGUGUAAUUUCAUUGGGUUCGACCGCAACCAUUGAAUAUAUCUAAUUUCUGGAGUAUUUUCUUUGCAUUAAUGGGCAUCUCACGUUUCACAUUUCUACAUCAA